AUGGCAGAAUCAGACGAUGAGUCAGGUGGUCUUGCAUCAGGGAGCAAAGAACUACUACAAGAAAGACUCCUUCCCAUAGCAAACGUUGGAAGGAUCAUGAAGAAAGCGUUACCAUCGAAAGCAAAGAUAUCAAAGGAAGCAAAAGAAACUAUGCAAGAGUGUGUAUCAGAGUUCAUAAGUUUCAUAACAGGCGAAGCAUCUGAAAAGUGUCAGAAAGAGAAGAGGAAAACAAUAAACGGUGAUGAUCUUGUUUGGGCCAUGACUGCACUUGGUUUUGAAGAAUAUGCAGAACCUCUUAAGGUUUAUCUUAAUAAGUAUAGGGAAAUUGAAGGAGACAAGAAUUUUUCUAUGAAUAUGAUUGCUGGCAAAGAGCUGCAGAGUGGUAAUACUGAUCAUCGAUUCUUCCAAGGCUGA